AUGUUCUGGAAGACGGAGAUCCCGGCGCCGGAUGAGCGCAUGCUCAAGACGAUCGAGAAACUUCAAUUAAACGAGUCGGAUCUACGGGCGCUGUACAAACGAUUCAGCAAGUCCGACAAAGAGGUGCGUAGGACGUCCAACAGCGGAUCCAUCGACCGGACAGAGUUCUUUCGCAGUUUCAAUGAAGAGCGCACGGCCGUGGGCGACGCGGUCUUUGCCCUCAUUGAUAUUGACAACAGCGGCCAGUUGGACUUUAGCGAAUACGUCGAAGCCCUUGGCGCGUUUUGUUUACUAAACACGGACGAAAUCCUCAAGUUUUGCUUUUUCGUGUUUGACCAAGACAAGAACGGCACUAUCGAGGGGAUGGAACUGGAUGCGCUGCUGGAGAUGCUGCACUCAGACAGCGCCACGAGCAACAUGGCGGCAGCGAUGGAAAAAUUCGACUUUAACGGCGAUGGCAAGGUGGACUUUAAAGAGUUUCAAAUCCUCAACCAGCAGUUCCCGACGUUAUUGUACCCGGUGUACCGGCUACAGCAAAGCAUGAAGGUGCACUCAAUGGGCGAGUCGUGGUGGAAUCGCCGCGCGACACUACUGAACGACCUGAAAGAUCUCAAGGAGAAUGGCGACGCGGCGGCGAUCGCGGCGUCCAAAGCCAAGGACCGGCGCCGCAAGACUAGGCAGAACAUGGGGUGUCUGCGGUACUACCUGUGUCCAUGCCGACGGAGUGCGUAUGUCGUGGACGACUCUGGCCUAACCGAAGACGCCUUGAUCGAAGAAGCGAAACAGAGGGAAAUCGAAGCGCAAAAGCAAAAGCUCCACGACGCCCUGGCCGCCAGAGCGCGAAAGGACAAGAAGGCGAAGCACACGGAAGCAGCGGACGGACGCAAGGUACUGUCGAAGGACGAACGGAAAGAACGCGCCAAGAAACGGCGGCAGCGGGAUAUGAAGGACCUUCCAUCUCGUAAAUGA